AUGCUGCCGCUGGAGCCGCGCCGUUGUGACGGACGGACGCACGGGCAAAUGCGCGUGCACGUGGGGACAGUGGUGGGUGCAGUUCGCGCUCUCAUCUGCAGCUGCUUUAUAAACAAUAAACAAUAUUGUUGGGGAUACAACAAGAAUACAGCUGCGUUUGAGCUACAACGCUCCCCACGUUUCUCCCCCCAGGGAGCCAGUGUUGUGGACUCCACUAAAGGAAGUGCAGUCGGCAAAGGAGGAGGGAAGCUUCAAGAGGCAAAAAGGAGAGGGAGAAUGGAAAGAGAGCAGCGAGAACAAGACAUCCACCAGAAGCUGCAGCAGCUGGAUCUGUCGAGUCGAUCAGUGGCAGUUGGCACAGGUGUAGUGUAUUCUGAAGAAUUCACCAAACAUCGGAACCUCUGGGACACAAGUCACCCAGAAUGCCCAGAGAGAGUGCAGAGGAUUGUGCAGGAACUGGAAAAACAGGAGCUGCUGAGUCGCUGCAUCAGGGUCCAGCCACGAGAAGCAACAGACAAAGAGCUGCUUCUCAUUCAUUCGCAGGAGUACGUGGAUUUGAUGCACUCAACCCAAACCAUGGCGGAGGCUGAGCUAAGACUUCUGUCAGAAAAAUAUGACUCUGUUUACCUCCAUCCGGACUCGUUUUCCGUUGCUCUUCUGGCUGUGGGCUCAGUCCUGCAGCUGGUCGACAGGAUCCUCUCCUCAGAACUCAGGAAUGGGGUUGCUCUGGUCAGACCUCCUGGACACCACGCCCAAAAAGACCAAGCCAACGGUUUCUGUGUCUUUAAUAAUGUGGCCAUAGCAGCUCGAUACGCUCAGACCAGGCACAGAAUCAACAGAGUUCUUAUAGUGGAUUGGGAUGUGCACCACGGACAGGGCAUCCAGUACAGCUUCCAAGACGACCCCAGUGUUCUGUACCUCAGCUUGCAUCGCUUUGAGCACGGAUCAUUUUGGCCUCACCUCUCUGAGUCAAACUCUGAUUAUAUCGGCGACACACGAGGAGCUGGACGCACAAUCAACUUACCCUGGAAUAAGACUGGAAUGACUGAUGCUGAUUACAUUGCUGCUUUUUAUCAUCUUGUCCUUCCUGUUGCAUAUGAGUUCCAGCCUCAGUUAGUGCUAGUUUCAGCUGGAUUUGACACUGCAGUGGGAGACCCUAAGGGCGAAAUGUGCGUCAGCCCCCAGUGCUUCCAGUUUCUAACGCACCUCCUCAUGAGUUUAGCAGAAGGACGGAUCAUUCUGGCACUAGAGGGCGGGUACAACCUGGCACAGACAGCAGAGGGCGCUGCAGCUUGUGUGAAAGCCUUACUGGGUGGAGCCUGUCCUCACCUUUCUCCUCCCACUGCGCCCUCAAACAGUGCGUUGCAGUCCAUUGCUCAAACCAUUAGUUCCCUGUAUCCUUACUGGGCUUCACUCCAGGUUCUGGAAGGCUGUGAGGUUUCUGGUGAAGUUUUGAAAGAAUCGACAAAUCAGGGAAACAGCCUAAGUCCCAUCACCUCAGCAUCUGCAAAGACCGGACUGGUUUAUGAUCAGAGGAUGAUGGACCACCUCAACCUUUGGGACAGACAUCACCCAGAACAGCCUCAGAGAAUCUCAAAGAUCUUUGCUCGACACCAGCAGCUGGGUCUAGAGCAGCGCUGUGAGAGACUAGAGGUGCGACUAGCAACAGAGGAAGAGCUGCUGAUGUGCCACAGUGCAGGUCACGUCGCUCAUAUGAAGGGCUCCUCCGUUCUGAAGCCGAGAGACUUGUUCAAAAUGGGGGAGGAGUUUAACUCGAUCUUUCUGAAUAAUCAGAGUUAUGAGUGCGCCCUGAUGGCUGCAGGGGGCUGUUUCAGAGCCGUGGAGGCGGUCCUCACUGGACAGGUCUCUAAUUCUGUGGCGAUCGUGCGUCCUCCUGGACACCAUGCAGAGAAGGACUUUCCCUGUGGCUUCUGCCUCUUUAACACAGCAGCACUCGUAGCACGAUUUGCACAGAAAAUCUCAAAUAAUCCGUCAUUGAGGGUCCUGAUUCUGGAUUGGGACGUUCACCAUGGCAACGGGACUCAACACAUGUUUGAGGAUGACAACAGUGUCUUGUACGUUUCACUUCAUCGCUAUGACAAUGGGAUCUUCUUCCCUUCCUCAUUGGACGCUGGAUGUGACAAAGUGGGCGUGGCCAGAGGCGCAGGCUUCAACGUGAACGUGGCGUGGAGCGGAGGAAGGAUGGGGGAUGGAGAUUACAUUGCUGCAUUUCACCAAGUCGUCAUGCCGAUCGCCACCGAGUUUAACCCUGAUCUGGUCCUGGUCUCGGCUGGGUUUGAUGCGGCUCGUGGAGAUCCUUUAGGUGGAUACAAUGUGACCCCAGAAGGAUAUGCCCACCUCACACAUCUGCUGCUUACUCUCGCCUCAGGGAGACUGGUCAUGAUCCUGGAGGGCGGCUACAACUUGACGUCUAUCUCUGAGUCAAUGGCCCUCUGUACCUCUGUGUUACUUGGGGACCCUCCCCCACUAAUUCAGCCCCCACCCCCUCAUCACAGCGCCGUGGAAACCAUCAACAACGUCAUCAGACACCACGCUCCAUAUUGGAAGUCAAUACGGAUACACAUCCCAGAUUCAGUGCGUGAGUCAUUGCCGUCACCAAAGCAUCGAGGGAAACGCAGUUCUAAAGGAAAAGGCAGGAAGUCUGAUCAGAACAACAAACCGCCUCUUCCUCCCUCAGACUUGGAUCAUCUAACGCAGGAACUGGACGGAUUAAGCAUCUCUGCUGCUGUGGGCGGGGCCAGGCCCAAGGUCCGCCCCAGCUCUGGAAAAACAGAGGAUCAGAGAGAGGAGAAGAGUCAGUCUGAGACACAGGUUGUUGCCAACACAGAGAUUGUAGCUCCAAGUAAAGAGCCGUCACCUAUGAAAGGGGCGGAGUCUGUACAGUCACCCGAGAAAGGGGUGGAGUCUGCACAAUCACCUGAGAAAGGGGAGGAGUCUGCACAAUCACCAGAAGGAGCCUGUGGUUGGUCCAAAACAAACUUGGAGGUGACCUGUGGAGUAGAGAGUGAAGGAAACACCUUAUUUGUGGUGGAUCCUCUGCCCUGGUGCCCUCAUCUAGACUCUGUGAAACCACUGCCUCCUGCUGGUCUGGAUGUGUUCAAACCCUGUGAGGACUGUGGCUCUGAAGCUGAGAACUGGGUCUGUCUCACCUGCUACAAGGUCCUUUGUGGCCGAUAUGUAAACAAGCACAUGGUGAUUCAUGGAGUUACAGAAGAACAUCCUGUGGUUUUGAGCUACGCUGAUCUGUCUGUUUGGUGUUACAUCUGCGAAUCCUACGUCCACAACCAGAUUUUAUAUGAAGCCAAAAAUUCAGCGCAUUGGUCAAAAUUUGGAGAAGAGUCCUUUGCCCGUUCGUUCAUCCUCCUUCUCUCCGUCGUCAUUGUCGCAGCAUCUUCCCGCAUCCUCCCGCAUCCCUCUGUCCUCUUCGCGGGGACACACUCUCUGAUCCUGGAGGACGCACCAGUCGUGAUGUCGGCGUCCCCCGCCCUCUCUGACUUGUCCCGGCUCUAUCAGACAGAGUUUGUGCGCAGUGCCAGAGCUGUGGGGGUCCUGUGGGCCGUGUGCACGCUCUGCUUUGCCAUCAUCCAGGUCGUGAUCCUGGUCCAGCCCUCAUGGGUCGGGACAGAGGCCAGUCUGCACCAGGGACGGGGGCCAGAACCUCCCAGUGGCACGCUGGGAUUGUUUGAGGUCUGUGUGGAUUCUGACUGGCCUAUUCCAGAUUGCAGGGGGGGCCUGGCCACCCUCUCCCCCCUGCCCUCGUUCCAGUCGGUGGCCGUGUUGGUGGGGUUGUCCCUCUGGGCCGUGUGGACCAGUGUGUUGUGCCUGGCUCUGUUCAGAUUCUGCAGCGCUGCCACAGUUUAUAAGAUCUGUGCCUGGCUCCAGCUCACUGCAGGUUUCUGUCUGGCGCUGGCUUGUCUGCUUUUCCCUGACUCCUGGGAGGGUCCGGAGAUGAGGGCGUUGUGUGGAGAUCAGGUGACCAGUUUCUCCCCAGGCCGCUGCUCUGUUCACUGGGCCUACAUCCUGGCCGUCCUGGGAGUGUUGGAUGCUGCCAUCUUGGCGACUUUGGCUUUUGUUUUAGCAAAUCGCCAGGACGCUCUGCUUCCUCCCGACACUAAAGAAGUGACAACUGGGCUCUUGAUGUCUGCCUAG